UAAGAGAAUAAUUUUUAAGAGAUAAAUCAUAAAAGAUUUAAAACAAAAUCAUUAGAUAAUAUCAUAUUUAUAUCAACAAGGAAAAGAUAGAAAAUUUUGUUUACUUCCUUCAAAAACCUCUCCCUAUAAAUAGACCUCUGCGCCUUCGCAUCAGAGUGUUCAAACUAAUUCCAAACUCUCUCGUCCUUCCGAGCAAAAACCUUCUCUUCCAAACGAUCUCAGAGAAAAUCUCUGCAAAUAUGUUGGUUUACAAGGACUUCCUCACAGGUGACGAACUUCUCUCGGACUCCUUCCCCUACAGAGAAAUUGAGAACGGAAUGUUGUGGGAAGUUUCUGGAAAGUGGGUUGUUCAAGGAGCGAUUGAAGUCGACAUUGGCGCAAAUCCUUCUGCUGAAGGUGUGGAAGAUGAAGGUGUUGACGAUCAAGCUACCAAAGUUGUUGAUAUUGUUGACACAUUCAGACUUCAGGAGCAACCUGGUUUUGACAAGAAGCAGUUUCUUGUGUUCAUGAAGAGGUAUAUUAAGCUGCUGAUCCAGAAACUUGACGAGGAGAAACAAAAAUUGUUCAAAAAACACAUUGAAGGAGCAACUAAAUUCCUGCUCUCCAAGAUUAAGGAUCUUCAGUUCUUUGUUGGAGAGAGUAUGCAUGAUGAUGGCAGCUUGGUGUUUGCUUAUUAUAAGGAUGGUGCCACUGAUCCCACGUUUCUGUACUUUGCAUAUGCUCUCCAGGAGAUGAAGUGCUAAGCCACAUAGCUACACACGGAAUUUUUUUUUUUUUGGUACUGUGGUCUUAGCAUUGUCUAAUUUUACUUUUUUUUUUCUUUAUGGAUGUAGCAGACCUUUUGUUUAAUUUAUUAAUUCUUCUUUUA